GCAUCUAACGACAAGAGCGCGGUGUGUGUGGAAGAGUCGUGUGUACGGAGCUCUGUGUACCGGGAGGGAGAGUGCGGUCAGCUUCUUCAGACUACUGCCCCUGGUGAGCCGAGUAGCCGGCUCCUCCGAGAGAGGCUGGCCGACCAGUGCUCCACCGACAUGAGCCACAAGGAAGGUUCCGGAUCCUUUAAAAGAUGCAAACAUGACUUUAAACAGACUCAGAGGAAAGACGGGAAAGGGAGUACUAUUGAUUCUUCAUCACCAGUGAUACUUGCUUUUAAAUCUUUUCAGAAUGAACUGGAUGCAAGGCAUGACAAGUAUGAACGACUUGUGAAAUAUAGCAGAGACAUAACAACUGAAAGCAAGAGAACGAUAUUCCUUUUACAUAGAGUUAUCAGUGAACCUAACAAAGAUGAUGUUCUGGAUGAAGCAAACAGAAAACUCGAUGGUGUUCGAGAAAAAAUUAAACAGGUGGCCCUGGAGCUUGUGGAUGAAGAUAUAUAUCAGUACCACAGAGCUAUUACAUCUGGUCUUCAAGAAUAUGUUGAAGCAGUUACCUUUCAACAUUUUAUUACAAACAGAACUCUUUUAAGGCUGGAGGAUAUUAACAGACAGCUAAUAUUUGAUAAUAUCAAUAUUGCUUCGAAUAAUGAAGACCAAACCAGACAGGACACAUUAAGCCUGCAGAUAACUCAUGUGGAUUAUUUGCUUGGAGUAGCUGACCUUACUGGAGAGCUAAUGCGUUUAUGCAUAAGUAGUGUUGGAAACGGUGACAUCGAUACACCCUUUGAACUGACUCAGUUCUUGCGUGAAAUUUUUGAUGGAUUCGCUUACAUUGGUAACACUGGUCCAUAUGAGAUUUCAAGAAAGUUGUAUACCUUAAAACAGAGCCUGGGGAAAGUGGAAAAUGCCUGUUACAUGUUAAAAGUGAGAGGCUCAGAAAUUCCAAAACACAUGCUUGCUGAUCUGUUUGUAUCCAAAUCUGAACUCAUUGAACAUGAUGAUGGCAUGUCUUAA